UCUUCAUUGUAUAGAAGCUCUUUACUCUUCUGCCCUGCCAGUUCCUCGUUGGCAAGAAACCCAAAAAGGAGCCAGCCGCUCGCCGAAAAUCCACCGCGGAAUCAAAUCUGAGGCCCACUUUUUGCCAUCGGCCUUUUUUUACUCUCGUCCACACUCGCUGGCUUCUCUUUAACACUCUUGUAAAAAAACAUCUUCAAAAAGUACAAUUGACGAUCCCCGCCAUGCCUCUCGUCAACACCACCGAAGUGAAUGAGGACACUCGUGUCCUCGGCUACGACCCUCUGCUGUCGCCUCAGUUCCUUCAGACCGAGAUCCCCGCGCCCGAGCGUGCCAUCCAGACCGUCCGCGCCGGCCGCAAUGAAGCCAUCGAGAUCAUCGAGCAGCGCGAUGACCGUCUCCUCGUCAUGGUCGGCCCCUGCUCCAUCCACGACCCCGACACUGCCCUCGAGUACGCCCGUCGCCUGAAGGAGCUCGAAGGCAAGCUGAACAAGGACCUGUGCAUCAUCAUGCGCGCCUACCUCGAGAAGCCCCGCACAACCGUCGGCUGGAAGGGACUAAUCAACGAUCCGGACAUCGACGAGUCCUACAACAUCAACAAGGGCCUGCGCGUCUCCCGCAAGCUCUACCACCGGCCUCCCCAUCGCCUCCGAAAUGCUCGACACCAUCUCCCCCAGUUCCUGGCCGACCUGAUCUCCCUCGGCGCUAUCGGCGCCCGCACCACCGAGUCCCAGCUCCACCGCGAACUGGCCUCGGGCCUGUCUUUCCCCAUCGGCUACAAGAACGGCACGGACGGAAAUCUGGGCGUUGCUAUUGAUGCGAUCGGUGCUGCGGCUCACCCGCACCGUUUCCUUGGUGUCACCAAGCAGGGUCUUGCGGCUAUCACCAAGACUGCUGGUAACGAGCAUGGUUUCGUUAUCUUGCGUGGUGGUAACAAGGGUACUAACUAUGAUCGGGAGAGUAUUCGUGGUGCGCGUGAGGCUCUUCGCGCGAAGAAGCAGCGUGAGGUUAUGAUGGUGGAUUGCUCCCACGGCAACUCGAAGAAGAACCAUCUUAACCAGCCUAUUGUCGCGAAGGAGGUUGCUGAUCAGCUGCGCGAGGGCGAGUCUGCUAUCGUCGGCGUCAUGAUCGAGUCUAAUAUCUACGAGGGUAACCAGAAGGUUCCCCCCGAGGGACCUGCUGCUCUUCUCAAGGGUGUCAGUAUCACCGAUGCUUGCAUCAACUGGGAGAUGACGGUUGAUGUGCUGAAUGAUCUUGCCGAUGGUGUGCGUGCUCGUCGUGCUCUGCGCGCGGCUAAGUCUAAUGGCUCGCACUAA